UGGUUAAGGCUGGCCUAGGUGGAGGCGCUGGAUUCAUCACGUGACUUGGACGAGGCUACACGCAGGAUGGAGCCGGAAGACGGGAUGGCCUUGUCGCUGCUGCGGAAGCUACCUGCAGAGUGGGGCUUGCCGUUUCUUCACAAAGUAAUUGAUGGCAUCUGUGGCCGAGCUUAUCCGCUUUACCAGGAUUAUCAUAGCGUCUGGAGUUCAGCAGAAUGGACACUUGUUCUAGAAGAAGUUACCAAGUUUUUCAAAGUUGUAGUUGGUAAAAGUUUAUCUGAUGAAGAGGUACUUCAGCAGUUGAAUCAGUUAAAUUUAUUUCACCAAGAAGCUAUCAUGAAAUGCUUGAAGAGUAGGAAAGAUGAACUCAAGCAGGCUCUGUUAGGAGAAAUAGUUGGUAUUUCAUCUGCUCAGCUACAGGAUUUUGAUUGGCAGUUAAAGCUUGCACUUUCUAGUGACAAGAUUGCUACAUUACAAAUGCCACUUUUAAGCCUUCAUCUAGAUAUUAAAGAAAAUGGUGAAGUAAAACCAUAUUCUGUUGAAAUGAGUAAAGAAGAGCUCCAAAAUCUAAUCACUUCCUUGGAAGCAGCUAAUAAGGUGGUCAUGCAGUUGAAAUAGCUGGGAAUUAUAGAUACCAACAUGCUCAGAUAUUAUUGCUACCAAGGAUAAGACAGAGUGAAGACUGUGUUCAAAGAUCCUGCCAUGGUUGACUGCUCUCCCAGCCUUAGAGCAUAACAGUGCUGAUUCGACAAGAUAAUCUAUCACCAUCCCUAAAGAACAGGAAAUUACAUGGUUGAUAGGAAAUGCAAAAACUGAAAGAUGAAAAGCUAUAAUAACAGUUUAUAUUUUCUGAUCAUUUUAUCUCCAUUUACUAAAUUUGUGGGAAAUCUUUGUAGAUAGUCUAAUUGAAAGCUAAAACUAGGUCCUAAAGUAAUGUAAACAUAGAAAGCACAAAUAUACUUGAAUAUUGCUUAUAUAAUUAUGUGAAUAGCAGAGACGUAUUAUGAUAAUUAAUUUGUGAUAUUUUAAAAAGUAACUUUUUUAAAGAAGGUAUAAGCUGCAUAUAUAACUCAGGAGAUCUUUCUCAUAUUACAAAAAAAGGUUAUAAAAUAUAAAGUUUUGUAGAGAAGAACUGUCAAACAUUAAUAAGGAAAAAAAAAUUCUCAAUUUGUGUGAAGUGGGAAAAUGAAAAUGACAUUGUUCCUUCUGCCAGUUUCAUGUCUGAUUGGAAGACUACAAUGCCAUUGUAUAGUGUGUAUGUUAUUACACAAAUGUCAGAUAAGACUACAGGACCAUUUUUGUUACAAAUUCUUAAUAUUGAGCCUUAUGCUUUCAAAUGUUAAAAACAUUGAAAAACCAUUUUUAACCUCAGCUAACAAAAACAAACAUUCUGAACAGAUAAAAACGUCAUGCUUUAUGUUUAUGAUUGAUUUAUUUCAAAUGGCUUCCCAUUUAACUCAGUAGUUAGUAAUGCAUAAUUAAGCAAUGCCUUCCAAGGGUAAGCUUUAUAACUCAUCUAAAGCUUGAGCCUGCUCUUUGAGGUGUCUAGAGCAGUCAUGCUAUUCUCAUCAUACACGUGAGAGAAGUCAGACUGAAUAUCUGAGUGUGAUCCAGACAGUUCUACUCACAAGGUGUCUACAAUACUACUGGGUUAUGACCCAUUUGUUCUAAGUUGUAAUUAGAAAAGGAGCUCAGGCCAGAAUGUUUUUCAAUGUACAGCUUUCUUCAUGAAAAGAUUUUGGUAAUGAAAAGUUUAUUAACUGAAGUAAACAGCAUGCUUAGUGUU